AUGGAAAAAUCAUCACGGAUAAAAGGAGCUGAAUCAGUAUUAAAUCUUGAACCAAACUCAUCAAUUGCUAUUGGCUAUCAUGGUCUCUUUGGUUCUCAUGAUGAUACGAUGCUCCUUGAGAUCGAUGAAAAACUCCUCCCCGAUAUCCUCCACCAGAGGGUGACUUUACGAGGCCAGCCGGAUGAAGAUUCGGUGCUUUGUACUCGGUCAAAAACCUAUGCCAUUAAGUUUGUUGGAACUUCUAAUUCUCCAUUGCUUAUACCCCCAUCAGGUCAAUUCGCACUCUGUGAAAGUUCACAAGAUUUUGAUGGGGGAGUUCAUGAUUUUGCACCCGUCAUUAAAGUUGCACAUGGAAAUAUGGAGCUCGUUGAGGUUGCUCCCAAGCUUGACAAGCUUAAAUUGCUUCUUUCAGAGAAUCCUUACAGCUAUGAGGAUGUUUUAGAAAUGGAUUUUAUGGAGGAUGUGGAGAAAAAUAAAGCAAGAUUGUAUAAUUGGGAUGAUCUAGUUGAAAGGGUUCAGGCUAGUGAUGAGGAAUUGAGGAGUGGAUUACGGGCUCUUUCCGCUGUGGAGAUUGAUGGUUUUUGGAGAAUUGUGGAUGAAAAAUACAUGGACAUGAUUCUGAGGAUGCUUUUGCACAAUUCAGUGUUGAAUGACUGGUCACUGGAUGCACUCAAUGAAGAUGAUGUUGUGAGUGUGCUAGUGUCAGAUGGAUUUCCUGACAAGCUUGCCUAUCAUUGUUUGCAUGUUUAUGGCAGUAAGGUGGACGGGGAUGUGGGAAGAAGUUGUGUUUGGAAGUUGGACGAGAGGCGUGUAUGUGUGCAUUUUGCAAGACAAAUCUUGAGCACAGAGAAGAAGAAGAUGGAGACUUUUAUGGCAGAAUGGUUGCAAAGGAUUCCGGGUGGGAUGCAAGCAAGUUUUGACAUGUUGGAAGGUGAAGUUUUGAUGGAGAAGCUAGGCAUCGAGACAUGGGUUUAUGCCUUCAGUGUUUCUUCAUUACCCUUAACACCUGCUGAACGUUUCAAUAUGCUCUUUAGAGAGCGGUCAAAAUGGGAGUGGAAGGAUUUACAGCCAUAUUUAAGAGAUCUAAAUGUCCCUGGCCUUUCUUCAGAAGGUUUACUUCUCAAGUACACUCGAAGAGCACAACCAACCUCAGAAGCAGAGCCUGUUUUCAGUUCAAGAUAA